CUUUGGUACCAACCAUUCUCUAUUUCUUUUAAGAAUUUCCUCAAACACCUUGGCUACACUUGAAUUUCUCGGUUUUGGUCCUUAAAACUUUCCUCUUGAACCAUGGGCUGCAUCAACGGCAAGUUCUGUAUCCGGUACCUAUUAUCAUCAAACGUCGAUUCCCCACAGUACCCCGAAGUGGUUCCGUACAGUCUACAAGGCAAACACAUACUCACCCAGAGAUCCUUGAAGUCUGUACCUGUUCCUUCACACAAUUUCCUUUUGAAGUACUCGUUUCUCACGCAACGUGGUUACUACCCAAACUCGUCAGAUAGAGAAAACCAAGACAGUUUCUGCAUUAGGACUCAAAUUCAAGGUAACCCAAAUAUCUAUUUCUUUGGUGUAUUUGAUGGGCAUGGUGACUUUGGCGCACAAUGUUCGAAUCUCGUGAAGGAUAGGCUGAUAGAAAUACUAGCGAAUGACACUACACUGCUAGAUGACCCUAUUAAAGCUCUUAACUCUGCGUAUUUGGCUACAAAUGAUGAGUUACGCAAUAGCAAGAUUGAUAAGUCAUACAGUGGUACGACGGCCAUUACAGUACUCAUAGUUGGGGAUACGCUUUUCGUGGCGAAUGUAGGAGAUUCGAGGGCAGUGAUUGCAGUGAAGGAUGGGAAUAGAAUUGUUGCUAAGGAUUUAUCAAGUGAUCAUACGCCGUUUAGGAAAGAUGAGUGUGAGAGAGUGAAGCUUUGUGGGGCUAGAGUUUUGACUUUGGACCAAUUAGAAGGGCGUAUGGAUCCGAAUAUUCAGUAUUGGAACGAUAAAGUGUCGCAUGUCAACCAUCGUCCGAGGUUGUGGUUUCAAGAUGCGAGUACUGCGUUUACGAGGAGCAUGGGAGAUAAUGCAGCUGUGCAGUUUGGUGUAAUUGCUGUUCCAGAGGUUUUGAGGCUUCAGCUUACACCUAAUCAUCUCUUCUUUGUUGUUGCAAGCAAUGGGGUCUUUGACCGACUCUCAAGCCAAACAGUUGUUGAUAAGGUGGCAAGUAAUUCGGAUCCCCGAGAUGCAUGUGGUUCUAUUGCCGGAGAAUCGUAUAAAUUAUGGCUGCAACACGAAACCCGGACCGAUGAUAUUACAAUCAUUAUUGUCCACAUCAAACGUUCUUCUAAUGUUGAGUCGCAAGCUUCGCCUGAGAGUCGGCCUUAAGAGACCGGUUUCGCCUCAAUGGAGCUCGAACUUGGAAAUAGAUAACCUCAAGUGACCCCUUUAACUAUUGAGUUAACCCCUUAGGGCGGGCUAAGAACACU